UAAAAAAGUUGAUAAGCCUAUAUGUUUAAAACUGAAUUUUGAAAUUUGUUUUUUUUUUUGUCUUAAGUUAAGACUAACUCGCCAAGUUAGGUUGAACUGAGGUUGAAUUUCGCGUCUCAAAUGGUGUAAGACUAACUUAAUUGAAAAUGAAAUUGUCACUGGAUUAGUUAUAUUGCUUAGUUCAGAUAAAUAUCAUAACUUACCAAUUAUAUUUGUGUCUCCACUUGUUGGAUGAAAGUUGAAAAAUUUACAAGAACACUAAAUCAGUAGAUGAGCAUUGAAAUUUGCAUAUUGGUAUCUAUAACUUAUAAGUAUAAAUAUUUAUUAUUCUAGAACCUAUUAAAACCAAUAUACGGAAAGUGUUGUAUGACAGUGUGUUAAUCGUUAUUAUUGUUAUUAACAAUAAAUAAAUACAUAAUUAUCGAAUUUGUUAAUCUCCUUUUUUAUUACUAUUAACAAUAAACCUCAGUUUUUUUCGUGUUAAAGUAUAUAAAUUAUAAUUAUACAUUAAAAGUUGUAACUUUUUUGUAUGAUAGUACUUUAAAAAACUAAGCUGUGAAAUCAGUUUGUUAACAUGACAAAAUGGUCAUGCAAGCAUGGAGUUAAAUCAUAAAUGUCCAUCAUAACCUUGUUUACAUAAAAUAAUAGGGGUUGUAAGGGAGUUUUAUUUCAUUUAUGAUAAUUAGCUUCAUGUCGAUGCCAGUACCUAGUAUUAAAUGUGUAGUUUCUAUAUUACAUUUUUCAAGUACAGGACGAUUUAAUGUUUUCUCAAAUGCUACCAUCUUAGCACUAAUCAAGUUACACUGCAAACACUUCAAGACUACCAACAUGGAGAAAAAGUUACCAAUGCAUGCUAUAAUCUGUAACCCAUUAUCAAGCAAUGCAAAUAUUAAGCCAGCAUUUUUGCCAUGUACUUCAUCUGAUUCAUCAGUUAACUUAACAAAAGAACAGUUUAAUUUGGAACUUUCCAAGAAUUGUUUAAGUAGUAUGGAGACUUUGGCUUCUUCUAAAGUUGUAGAGACAAAACUUACAAAUGAUGUUGUUUCUUCUACUUCUUCAAACGUAUUUGGAUUGCAUGUGCAGUCUCAAGAACCUGCUGAUUUACCAGUGUUUAGUGAAACGGAUACAAAUUUUGAAAAUCAAAAAGCUUCAAAAAGAACAUUUCAUGAAAGUAAAGUUCAGCCAUGCAUGAAUACCACUGUUUUGAACCGAAGCACUGUAGUUGAUGACUUAAGAGGAAUGUCUUAUGUAACUGAAGGCCAGUCGAACUCCCUUAACUUUUCAUGUUCAACUACUACUUACCAGAAGAAAGGUAAUCAAAAAGUCCAAUCACAGUGUACUGAAUGUUUUCCUCACACAGAUUCUCAUAUUGUAGAUAACACUAGCCCACAAGAGAAAACUGUCCAACAGAUUGGAUCUUUUAGGAUGGAAACGCAACCUGUACAUAUUUCUGCUGUUAUCAGUAAAGAAGAAAGAUCACUGCAGUCUCCACCACCAAAGUUGUUUAUCUUGAGUUCUGAUAAAGACCAGCUUGUCCCAGAAAAGGAAGCUGAUGAAGUAAAAAAUUCUAUUCAGUCAUUUUCAGAUGAUAAACCGGCAUAUUUGUCAAAAGAAUGUGUAGAAAAAAGUUUGACUGUUGAAAAAUUACUUCUAGAACCAACAAUACUCACAGAUCCGUUACUUGAAGGGAAUGAAUGCUGGAAGUGGGUUGAAAAUAUUACCUGUGAGGAAUUGAACAGUUUUGUUAAAGAAGAUCAUGAAGUAAAAAGAAAACUUGAAAAAUGUGUACCUACAAGGCAAACAGAGACUGGAUUUGAAAGUAAAAAGUUACUCACAUCUGUUGAAACUGACUCAGUUAGACCAAAACAUUGUGAUGAUCACUGUGUAGAGACAACACGUGUGAAUUCAAAUGACUCAGUUAGACCAAAACAUUGUGAUGAUCACUGUGUAGAGACAACACGUGUGAAUUCAAAGAUUAGCGGAUUUCAUAAGAUGUCAGUGGUCGGAUGUGAAAACAUCAAACAUCAACACACCUUGAAAGUGCUCAGUAUUGAGAAUUCAGAAAAUACAACUCCAGAAUGUGAAACCAGUGGACACCAAGGCAAGUUAGUGGUUCAUGAAAGUGAUGAAUAUGACAAAUUGACCACAUUUUCAGGGGUUAAACCCCCAGAAAUAUUGAUGUUGGAGAAACAAAUGUCUGUUGAAGCCAUUAUAUCAUCUGUUACAGAAAACCAGGAAAAGUUGUAUCCAGAUAAGAAACUUUGUUGUGAAAUGACCACAUCUUCAGUUACAGGACAUCAAGAAAAAGUAGUUCUGGAUAAAAACAAGAUUGAUGAAAUGUCAACAUCUUCAGUUACUGAACAUCAAGAAAACUUGGUUCUGGAUAAAAACAAGAUUGAUGAAAUGUCAACAUCUUCAGUUACAGAACAUCAAGAAAACUUGGUUCUGGAUAAAAACAAGAUUGAUGAAAUGUCAACAUCUUCAGUUACUGAACAUCAAGAAAACUUGGUUCUGGAUAAGAACAAGAUUGAUGAAAUGUCAACAUCUUCAGUUACAGAACAUCAAGAUGACAUGAUCCACAAACACACCAUUGGAUCUCAUAAUGAUCAACCUAAAAAAAUAGCUCCCACAUCAGGAGGUGAAAAUAAUGAGGAGCAAAGUGAAAUGAAACUUGCUGACAGUGAGAAAUGCAGUUUUGUGUCCAUGUCUUCAGGACUAGAAUUUAAAGAAAUAAGUGAUUGUUUAGCUGAAAAUAAGAUAAUUGAUCAUACAGAAGACCAGUUAUAUUGCCCUUCAGAAUCUGAAUCAUCCAUAUUACUUGAUGCUUUACCCCAGCUGAGCAGUUUGCUUGAAACAGAAGAUACAGAUGGUGUCUACAACUUGAAAAGUUUAUUUUCAGGAAAACUGUUUCAACAAGAUGAAAAGAAAAGUGUGAAAAAGAACAGGAAAAAGUCUCCUGAAAAACGAAGACCCAAUUAUUUUAUAGCAGUUCAAGUAUCAAAUCCAGAGGUACAUUGCCAUAUCAAAAAGGUACAAGAUCAUAUUGUGGAAUUUGACAAGAAUCUCCAGCUGGCAGUAAUCCCUUUGACAACAUUGCAUCUCACAUUACUUGUUAUGCAUCUUGAAAAUGGAGAAGACUUGAAAAGAGCAUGUGAUACUUUAUCCUCCUGCUAUGACCAUGUGAAGGAAAAUAUUAAUGCUAACCCCAUCCAUCUGGAGUUUCACGGGUUGUCUCAUUUUCAGAAUCAGGUGUUGUUUGCAAAAGUAACAAAAGGAAAAGAAAGACUUGACUACGUAGCUGGAGCUGUGGCAAAAUGUUUUUGUGAAAGUGGACUGACAGUAACGGAUAAAACAGAUUAUAAAGCUCACUUGACUAUCAUGAAACUGUCUCGUUCACCAAAACUCUGGAAGAAGGGAAUUAAAAAGAUUAAGCCAUCAUGUUACACAGAUUUCAAGAACACCAACUUUGGUAUCCAGACUGUACGUGGCUUACAGCUUCUUAAAAUGGCCCGAGCAGAUGACGAGUCUGGCUAUUAUGUUUGUAGUCAGGAAUGCAAGUUUGAUCUACCUAUUGCAGAAAGCGAUGAUCAUACAGGUUGCUGUCAAAGUCCAUCUUUAAAAACCUUUCAAAAUAGUUCUAAGAAAGCUAACUUGAGAGUAGCAACCGCCGAAGUAAAAAACGAAAUCAAGCAAAAUAUCCAUACAUUGACAACAGCCAGUUUAAAUAAAGCUGGUCAGUGCAAGGAUAAAACAGAUGAAGAGAGUUAAGUAAGACAAUAACUAUUAUCCUAGGACAGAAGAAACAUGUCACAAGGAUAAAAAUCACCAAUGCCAAGGAAAUUUAUAUUUGUUCUUUAUGAAUUAUAUUUUUUUUUAAUAGAGUGAGAUAAGUGACUCAUUUACUGUAAUAAAGUUGUUGGUUUGAAGCAAUAAAUAGUAGUGAUUUUGUUUAAU